AUGCCAGAUCCUGAGACAAGUCCUCCUGAAUUGACAAAAUAUAAAUGCUUGCUAUGCAAGAGGGAUCUUUCAUUAACAUCAGAAGGUGCAGUAUACCAGCCUACAGCACCACCAGCAGUUGCUAUUCUUCCUUGUGGCCAUACUUUUCAUGAUCAAUGUUUGCAAAAAAUCACUCCUCAAGACCAAGCAAAAGAUCCGCCUUGCAUUCCUUGCGCCAUUGGGGAUGGCUAUGAUAUUGUAUUAAAGAAGGCAAGAUGCAUUAGCGGCUGUCAAAAGGUAUUUGAAAUUGAUAACAUGAAAGCAUGGAAAUCUGUUUUGAUAUUUGCCACUUCAUAUGCAUUGGGGCUUUUCAUGAUUGCUAAAUCCCCAUGGUAUUUUCUUCCAUUAGCUUGGGCAUGGACAGAAACUGCAGUUACAGGGGUAAAAUUGUAA